GCCUCCGCCCCGCGGAGACCGAGCGGCUGGAGGACGAGGCGGCGGCCGCCGGGAGGAGGAUGGGGGCUAACCAGUUAGUGGUGCUCAACGUGUACGACAUGUACUGGAUGAAUGAAUACACAUCAUCUAUUGGAAUUGGAGUUUUUCAUUCUGGAAUUGAAGUGUAUGGCAGAGAAUUUGCUUAUGGUGGCCAUCCUUAUCCUUUUUCUGGAAUAUUUGAAAUUUCCCCAGGAAAUGCUUCUGAACUAGGAGAAACAUUUAAAUUUAAAGAAGCUGUUGUUUUAGGGAGUACGGACUUUCUAGAAGAUGAUAUAGAAAAGAUUGUAGAAGAACUGGGGAAAGAAUAUAAAGGCAAUGCCUACCAUUUGAUGCACAAAAACUGCAAUCAUUUUUCUUCAGCUUUAUCAGAGAUUCUUUGUGGGAAAGAGAUUCCUCGCUGGAUCAACCGACUGGCCUACUUCAGCUCCUGUAUACCCUUUCUACAGAGUUGCCUCCCAAAGGAGUGGCUCACUCCUGCUGCACUGCAGUCUAGUGUCAGCCAAGAGCUCCAGGAUGAACUGGAAGAAGCAGAGGAUGCAGCCGCAUCCGCUGCCAUGGCAAGUGCUGCAGCUGGUGCCAGAACUGGGCGUCACACUAAACUAUGAGCAUCUCCAAAGCCACACCUUCAGAACUGUCUCUGGCUGUUGAAUAUCACUAGAGAAAAGAAAAUAGAGUAAAUGUCCUUUGGAUAUUUUGUAUGCAAAGAUGGCUCUCCCCCAAAUCCCAGUUUUUCAGCUCAGGAUUAUAUUUGUAGUCAAAAACAAAAAACAAACAAACAAACAAAAAUCACUUGGCGCAGGAGGGAAAACUUUAUAUGAAGCUGUCCUCUUUUUUUUUUUUAAUCCACUUGUAAAUUUGGAUUCACUUCCUCUGUUUUAUAUGAGCUCUGUUAAAUUACGUUUACAGUAUUUUGUAUCACUGUUUACAAAUCUUGCAUGGACUUCUGCCACCAUGAAAGAAGAAAACCUUCAUCUUCAGAAAUUAGGCAGGUCAUCUUUGUACACAUUCUGAAAAUCACCAGAACUACAGCAUAAAGAGUAGGCACUUGAAGAGGUACUUACAUGGUUACAGUUCCCAUCACCUGCUUAAGAGCUGUAUGUUAGAUUUGUAUUUUUUUUGUUACCAUUUUUGGUGCCCAGAUACAGGGAUCCAAACUGGCCUGACAUAAAGGAGCACACAUAGCCCGAGGGCUUGGAGCCCUGGGUCGGUUCCACUCCACCCCUCCCCAUUCUGAGUAGCACAUUUCCCAAGGUGCCCGUGGAGCAGCUGGUUUCAUCCCAAAUACGCCACCUCAGCAGGGUGGUAUUCUUGUAUCUGCCUGGCGUGAUGCCUUGAUUCUCUAAUGAAGAUGUUUUCAUGGAAGAUACUCUUACAACUGACAAGUGUUUUUGCACGUGUGUUGGGGAGGGGCUUCAUUUUUAUUUUAAUACAUACUAAACUCCUCCCUGCCCAGGAUGUUUUGGGUGGGGCGGGAGUAUCCUAACCUAGCUUCCUGAGCAGCAGUAUGAACUGACAUUAAACUGCUUUUUAACUA